AUGGACUAUCUCUUUUGGAAGAAAAACAACAUUCUUGGACCUGAAUUAGACAGGGAUCCUUAUCCUUGGUUAAUUUGGUUCAUUUGGAAGGCCCGCAAUGACAAGCUCUUUAGGGGAAUAGACAGAGACCCAUUGGAGAUAGUUCGUCAUGCAGAGAGUGAAUGUCAAGCCUGGUUUAAUGCAAAUGAGAUGGUGCCGCCAGUUGUACAAGAUCACCGAAAUGAGGAUCCUCAAGUCUUAAACUUGAGUAAUAUUUGCAUGAUAGAUGGUUCAGUUCAUUGGAUGUUAAUGGGUAUGGAUGGACAGUAUGGGAAAGGCUCAACUUAUGGGGACACGAAACCACAUUCGACGUGA